CACACCAUUGAAUUCGAGCAAUAACAAAUACUCGUACACUGCACUUGCACAAUGGUCUCUAUUUCUGGCUUUUUAAAUAAACUCCAUGCCAUGUCACCGAGCGUUAUUUCUUACUCGUAAAUAACAUUCUACCAUCUGAUGACCCCAUCACCACCAGCAACGAUGGGGAAAAGAGACGACAUAUGUUCUAUUCUUGGGUAUGAGAAGGAUAAGCCUACCAAAGAUUGUCGAAAUCUGUUAAAAGCCACUUCGGCGUUCCUGGCCGACUAUGAAGCCCGUGGGAACAAGGUUUACGGUAGAAAAGCCGAGUCCAUUGGAGGUCGGUUGUGUGCGCUAAAUUUUCUCGAGGAAGAAGGCAGAGGAGAGAGGUUUUGGCCGCCUACAUCAGAUGGAAGCCUAGUUUACGAAGACGCCCGUGAUAAAGAGACGUUAGUGAAGCCAUCUUCCUUUUUGAUUAUGCCGCCGUAUUCUGAGCAUUCUGAUUUUAGUAUCGUCGAUCAUGUAGCCGACCUUUUUCUCAUCCACGCACGAUCAAACUAUACCAAACUGGUGUGUACUUGUCUAAAUUUUUUUCUUUUGAAAUGUGGCAUGUCUGAUGGAUGGGCCUCGCUUUAUUUCUCAUGAUUUGCGAGCGUGUUAAUUUCCCGUGUGGGAGCUAACGCCACAAUCGUGCAGCAUGCGAAACGCAGGAGCCAGAAAUACAAUGCUACCUCUCCAUCAUCAAAUGUUAACAAUGAACAUAUUAGCAAUAAGCCCGCGACCUCGAUUGAACCUGAGGUAUUUCUUUCUGUAGCCAUUUUAUCGUGUAUUAUUGUACACUGACCGUGUGUGUAGGAAACGUACUUGGAAGACGAAGAGCCACAAUUCACUUAUAGUUCAUCUUUAAUGACCAUCAAACCGGAAUUAUGUCUUACCCCCUGGUUAGAUCCACCAAAAAGGUUUGAUCGUAACGUGGCUAUGCCAUGGGUAGAAAGCCUUAACCCCAAGAGCCUUCCAGACCCCCCUGUGCGAUUAGGGAAGAACUGGUUAUCACAGGUUGUGCCCUCAAUUGUAUACUUUUCCAUGGAUGUUAACUUGAGUGUAGGAGACUGUAAGGUGGCCUGCGGCGGUUGAUAAGGAAAUCCAGUAUUUUAUGCAUCGAUGGGUUUUCUAUUACAGGACGGAUUUGGAGGAUGGGGCAGAUGAGGGAAUUCAAAGUCUUGUGAAUCUUUUGAGAAACGACAAGGGCUCAAAUACGGAACUUGACAGUACACAAAUCCGGGAAUUCGAGAAGCGAAUCGUUGAUAGAGUAAAAUUUUUCACGGAGACAUUCGUCAAUCAUCAAUUUGUUGAAUUCCAAGCCGACGGUGCCCCUCAGAUGACGGCAAGAUUUCGCGCAAUAUGGACAACUCUCAAGUAUGAAACACCGACUCCUCGCAUUAUCAAUCGACGCCGGAGUGUUGAAAAAGAAGCGCCGAAAGAGAGCCCACGGAAGCGACGGAAACUAUCGAAGAAGGCUGAAGACAAUGCGCCGGAUGGUAAUCGACCAAAGAGGAAACCUUGGAGCGAACAUGCCUGGAGACGCAAAACGAUUCCCCCGCCUGCUGAUAUGACAUUUCCAAAUUUGUUGUCCAGGAAAAGUUCCAACAGCGAUCCCGUGACCGCGGCAGAGUCACCUCAAGACGGUUUAGAUGACGAAGAUAGUGAAGAAGAAGUAUUUGAAAACUGUGAGAAACACGAAGGGUCUGAGGUACGAUCUACCAUAUCACAAACUCCAUUUCUGUUCGCAUCACUCAUUAUGUUUAUAGACUACAAUGCGAACUUCAAAGAUAUCAGUUGAGAUCCCUCCACCCAACAAAGCUACGACUUCCAGAUGCGAUGCAAUCGUUGACAUGGAAGAGGAAUCUACCAUAGAAGUUUUACAGUUCGGCGCGACAGUGAUCGAAGUAUCAGAUAAUGAAAACUUUAGCGCAACAACAAAAGCAUUACCAUCUAAUCGAGAAGAAAUGGCAAAAACUCUAUCUCCAAAUCCAGAUGAUACGGUGACGCCUGAAACUAUGCCUCCACAAAGUGGAGCCAAAGUUUCUGAAGCAAAACUAAUUCUUGCGCACCAGUCGGAUAGGAUAUCAGAAGAUUGUGAUGGGUUCUCACAAGAGCCUCAGUUAUCAAAUGUCACCGUCAUCCCAAAGCCAUCAUUGGAGAUCAUCACAGUUGGGUGUGAAGUCAACAAAGUGAUGGACGCUCACAAAGAAGUGACUGCUAGUGUCCAGGAACCACCCCAGACCGAGCCUCAGAGUCAGCUUCCGCAGACUGCAAUUUCAUCUUCGGUACCUACGAUAAAUGGAACGCCGGAAGACAUUGGCGAAGCAAGCAGCCAGCCUAUGGACCUUGAUGAGCAUGAGAAUCCUUCUAAGCACGAGUUGGUGAAAUCGGCAAAUCCAACGCAGAUAGCAAGCCAAACUGAUGAGCUUAUGAGAGGCGUCACUUCACCAUAUCUAAAUCCAACAGAAAAUCAAAGUCACAAUGCUCCCACUUCCACCGUGGCGUGGACAAAAAUUUCAUCAAGCAAUCAAAAAAAAUAUGGUCCUUUUCACGACCUUGAAAUUUUGAACCACAUCUUUUCAUCGAGUGCCUCACGGCCCGUGGACACCAACCGUGCGUCUAGUAUCUCCAGUAUUUCCCCAACAUCAAUUACAGAGGCCCAUAAACGUGAACCGGGUACCGAUUUCAAUUCAGUUAACGCCAUACAAAACUCUGUGUUCCCACGAACCUCACCCUCGGUUGAGUCUAAUUUGAACAGUGAUUCGCACGACAAACAACCGAGCAAGGACGAAAUAUCCGUAGUUAGUCAGUCUGCAGUUUGCCAACCCGUCCUUGAAGAAUCAAACUAUUCAGCGCGCAGCCCUGAAAUUGUCCAUCCUCACCCUGGCGACCCCAUCAAGAUUCCCUCUAUAGGUGUUCCACAAACAUCACAGAAAUUACGCGAAAAAAUCGCACGAACCCCACUGCCAUCCAUUCCAUUGUCAUCAGAGGGUGCCCGGUCGCCUACUGCUCAACAAUCUACCACAAUCAUCGGAGAAUGCCACAAGCCACCUCAAUCACCGCAGAUGGUAUCGCAAAAGCCUGCUCAAAGCUCUCAAGUAACGGUCCGCGAUCCAUUGAUUGCCACUUUCCAACCUAUAAAUCGUCCAACGAAUGGUUCCAAUCCUUCUCCCUCAAACUAUUCACCUCCUUUGGCCACCGAACCACCACAACCUUCUUCCAUUUUCGCAAUCCAGAAUCCCGCAAUGAGUACAUAUCACGCAUCUAUUUCGCCGCAAGAAGUACCAAGUCAAAGUGAGAGGAAGGAGAAAAAUCAGUAUUACGGGCAUAACAAAGCUAUGCCCGCUCAAAAUAUUGUAUAUGAAAGUGUCCGCCCGGGUAAAUUGUCGGGAUCAUCCUGGUCCCGAGAUGCCCAUAUAAAUUCAUACUCUACGAACAAGCAGAAUGGAGUGUACCCGAUGGCCUUUAUCAAUAAACCGAUAGCAUCAAGCAGCGGCGUGUGGAUGCAGGAAACUUCCCGAAAAAGGCCACUAGAACGAACAAGCACAAAACCUCGGAAAACAAAGUCAAGAAAGAAGUUAGGGCCGUCUGAAAAGCCGAGUCCGAAAUUCGCCACUGUUAAAUACUCACAAGGCGAACCGACCCACGCAGACCAAAAUCUUCCUCCUCCGGCCAUCCAAACAGAAUCGCCACGGCAGACUAUUCAUGACCGGGAGAAUUCCCCUAGGCCACCGCAUCCAGAACUCAUCAAUCAUUUACGAAGUAUGGAUGAAAAGAUGGGGAUGAACUCAGGAGCUCCUCGGCAGCCCGCUUCCAAGACGACAAGUAUGCCUUCCCCCGCAUUAAACCAAAAGCCAAUCAAUCACGCCGAGAAUGUCGAUCGUAAUACAAUGUACUACGAUUCUAGGCAAGAACAGAAAAUUUUCAAUUACAUCGCCUCACAGGAAAAGAUGCACUCACCCGGUGUUCGACCUUCUCAAGAUUGGGGCAAGAACAAAACUUCCAUUGCUUCUCCAGCACAGUCCUACCAAAAUUCCAGCAUGUCGCAGAUACGGUCUUCACCUCCGGAAAAUCCAAUCGCACGAACUGAGCAAGCCACGGCUGAGUAUGGCAUGCAACCCGAUCAAAGAUCGCCUAACGUUGGAGAAGAAAAUAAAAAAAAUUCAUCAAGUAGCCUACAGCAAGGGCAUAGCAAUCCCAAGGCUAGCGAACAAUCCAAAAUUAAUUCUGGAACGGGCACCACACAGAAAUCGACACUAUCUAAUGCCAAUGCCAAACGCGGUUUCAUCGCUGAGAAUUGCAGUCAAUUGUCAAAUUCUGCACAUGUUGGUCAUUCCGAACAAGAGCGUUCUUUGGAGGCAGGGGCAAGACAGGAGGCACUUAUAACUAACGGACCAGGGCCUGUAACCACAAGUACUACAGUAACUAACUCUAACAUACCACGAGAUUUCCCAGAGCCACAAGGAACACAGAAUCGCGCACACAAUCACGUCCAGCAUUCAGACCCAACUCUGGCCAACCAAUAUGCAAACCAAGAGACACAAAGGCCCAGAAUUCACAACAAAACUCAAAAGAAUCCUUCUUCCCCAGAAUCAUAUAGGUCACAGGAUCCAUGGUGGAACUCUUUAGCAGCCAAUUACGGCAUCGAGAAAAUAUCACAACAAAUAUCGAGAGCCGCCCCUCAGUCUGCUCCUAGCGUGCUACACGAUAGCUCGUUGGCUAAUGCUACACCCGUUUCAACAGUACAAACUGCGCCCCAGGUUCAAGUAGGGAUUCAGGACUACCUACCUGACACGAGAAAAGUGGCAUCUUCAGUUACAAGACCUCCGCCUUCUACAGGUGUUGAAUCCUCCAAGUUAUUGCACCAAACUCCAGAAAGUCAGCGUGUCAAUCAUUCUUCGGUGCAACCAUCUAAUACACAAGGUUCACCACCACAAAGCUACUCUGGUAAGCAAUAUGAGACGCAGCCAUCACCAACGCAGCAAUCGAAUUCAGCAGUUCAGAUUUUGCAGCCUCGGUCUGGCACGCGGACUUCAGCUCCACUUAACCAAUUUCCGAAUCAAGCUCCAAGCCCCUCGUCACAUGGAAGUGUUCCAUCCCCAAAAAUUCAGUUUUAUCAGUCUUCAAGCCAAUUUUCUAGUCAUCCUAAUGCAUCACCAAAGCCCCAAUACACCACCGAUAGAAUUGGGCGACCUUCCAGUACAAAAACUUCCAAUUUCCAACACCAAUCUCCCAGUCAAUCGAUCGUGCAAUCCGCAAUUAUCCAGAACGCAGUGCCGCAAAGUCAAUAUACAAAUCGAUCACCUACACAGUUCUUCCCCUUCCAAGCUUCAUCUCCGCAGAACCAAUAUACUGCCACAUCUGCAACCAAACAGGCUUCUUUAGCUCCAGUUGUCAACAAUGCGGAGUACAACGAGCGACAGGAUCACGCAGCCCCACAAUAUCAAUACGAUAAGCGGCCGCAGCAACCAAUUGAGCCUCAAUCAUUCACGAUGCAGGCACAACAGAAAAGCUACCAUGGGCAACAACCUCAUGAUUGGACAAAAUAUCGAUUGAAAGAUGCGAGUCCUCAGGGCAUGAUGCACCCGGUCAAUUUAUCUCCCAGACAGCCUCCUAUUACUAAAUAUCAAGUUGUAAACGCAUCUCCGGUGCGACCUUCAACAAUUCAGAUCCCCACAACUCGGUCGCCAUCGGCGUCUACCAUGCCUACUAUACUCAAUCCUAGUCUUCCGCCAACACCUCCAACCCCGGCUGGGAUUUCUACCCCAAAAUCAGAUCCCAUGUCCCUAUACCCAUCGGCAAACCAUCCUCUUGCAGGGAUGGCUCCGCGACAUCACGCACCGGCCGUCAUUUCAAACCCUAUAGUUGAUAACACAUCUCAAUAUUAUCCCGGUGCGAUGGUUCGUCCGCUGCAUCAGACACCGGCGGCAAUUUCCAGCCCCAGACUUGACACACUUUCUCAAUACUCGCCUUCUACCCACCUGCUAACCACUCCGCAAGAAACACCCACAACGCCACAAGAAUCCGGACCGAAACUCGACUUCUAUCUGCAACGAUCCAAUUCCAUUAUUGACACGACUAUUUCCUUCUCUUAUCAUUACAUGGAAGCGCUCUCCCUAUCCAACCUGUUCUCAUUUUUCUCACAACGCUCCGGCAUAGCUCUGGAGAGAUUAGAUGAACUUACCUUCCGAUGCAUGUUUGGAGAGUACCAACAAUUUGUGAUUGGAAAGGAUAUGGGAGACGGGGAAUGGAAACGAGCUCGGAAGAGAAUUUGGAGAAACUGGGACAGGGAAGUGAGGACGGCGAAACAAAAAGGAGAUGAUGAGGAUGAGGAAUUCUGGGAAGUUAACAUCUUGAUUGGAAAAUGUGCGUAGAUGAUUUGGGGAUUGUCAGUCUCGGCCACUUUGAGCCCAAUAAAUGUUCAUUUCGACAAUAAAUGUUCAUUUCGACAAUAUAUGUGUAGAUAGCUAUUUGGAUUGUAAAUACACCCACUCACUACCUACCGAUCAUGCAUGCUUUCGAUAAAUUUAAUACAUAUACAGCAAUGCAAUCAAUAAGAUUU